UUCAGUAAUGAUUAUUAAAAACAUAGUAAACAAAAUUUUUAACAGCUACUUAUAAAUUUUCAUUAAAAAGAGCCUGUCAACAAAUAUUCUCCAAUUAAAUUAAGAAAUCUUAACAAUGGAUUCUUCAAUUAAGGACAUGAAACCAGUAGCUGCGGAUGAAAUGUUCCCUGAGGGCGGGUUUAUAGACCUGGAAGAUUCCGGCACAGCAGCCGUUAUGUUAAUGGAUAUAGCAACAAACGACAAGCAAGUGCACGCUGAUUUCUAUAAUGAUUUUGGAGAUUUGUUCGAUGACAGUGAGGUGACUUUGCCCAUGAAUGGAAAUAAAUAAAUAAGAUUUUAGUAAUAAAAGCCAAAAAUCAAGAAACCAAUA